AUGAAGUUGGGAACUUGCAUCUCUCUCUCUCUAAAUGUAGGAAGUUGCAUCUCUCUCUUCCUAACGGACUCAAACAGUUAACCCCAUAUCCAAUCCUCCAAUGAAUCACCUAUCCUGCCUGACAUGGGCCUUGUGCUUCUCCAUUCUCUCUCUAGCCAUAGCCCAGGCCCCAUGCCCAAAAAAUCAGAGCACCCCACUUCUCCAGUUCAAGCAAGGCCUAAUUAUCUCUCCUCCAAGGCUUCAGUCAUGGAUACCCAACUCAGAUUGUUGCAAAUGGGAAGGCAUAGCCUGCAACAAUCUCACUGGCUUUGUCCAAAAACUUAAUCUGAGCGGCUUAGGACAACUGCCAAUUUCUGGUAAUAUCAGUUUUUCUCUCUUCAAUUUAACCCACCUUGAAUACCUUGAUCUGAGCUUUAAUAACUUCUCUUCCUCUUCUAUACCUCCCUCAAUUGGGCAGCUAAAAGGGUUGGUUUAUCUCAACCUCUCCAAUUCUGGUUUUUCCGGACAAAUACCAAAGGAAAUUUCAGAAUUGAUCUCACUUGUUCAUCUUGACCUCUCCACCUCUUCGUUGAUUUCUUCUCUCUCUUCAACCCCAUUAAAGCUCGAGGACCCAGACUUCAAAACCCUGGUUGAAAGCCUAAAGAGCUUGAAGGAGCUCAGGCUUGAUCGUUUGAAUCUUUCUUCCUCGAGUUCUCAAUGGUGCCAAGCCUUAGCUUCGCUUCCUCGCCUUACUAUUGUAAGCCUGCAGAUGUGCUCUCUAUCUGGUCCCUUUGACAAGUCGCUCCAGAAACUUGUUUCUCUCUCUGAGAUCCACCUGGAUGGCAAUUCUCUCGCUUCCACCAUACCUGAUUGGUUUGCGAGUUUCUCUUACUUGGAAGAGUUGCAUCUGAGUUUAUGUGAUUUAGAGGGAGAAUUCCCAGCUCAAAUUUUCCAGCUUCCGAGACUUCAGAUGCUAGAUGUUUCCUACAACAGACGCCUCUCCGGAUAUUUCCCAUAUUUUCCCCCCAAUAGCCCAAUUAAGAACCUGUUGGUCUCAAACACUAACUUCUUGGGCCCUUUGCCAGAUUCCAUUGAUAACCUGGGGUCUUUGAUCCAAUUAGAAUUGAACGACUGCAGUUUCAAUGGUUCAAUCCCAGUUACACUCUCUAACAUCGCAGAGCUGCUCAGUGUCGAUCUCUCUUUUAACAAGCUAAGUGGUGGAAUUCCUUCAUUCGGUUCUCAGCGAAUACAAGAGAUCGAUCUCUCUCACAAUUUAUUGACAGGCUCGAUCCCAACAUCUCUCGGUGAGCUUCGAAACUUAACGAGACUCAACCUCAAGAACAACCAGCUUAUCGGUUCAAUUCCUUCCUCUCUCUUCACUCUUCCAUCUCUAAAAGUCCUAGACCUAAGCGAGAACGGCCUGGAUUCUUCUGUCCCUGAUUUCCAAGCCCCUCAAUCCAAGUUGGAAACCUUGGACCUCAGCGAAAAUGGCUUGAAUGGAGAGAUCCCUGGUUCCAUAUUUUCUAUCUCUAACCUGAAAGUCCUGAUUCUCUCCUCCAACAAGUUCAAUGGCACCCUUCACCUUGAGUCAUUCCUCCCAAAGAGUGUGAACCUUUCCAAUCUCGACCUAUCACGAAACAACUUAGUUAUUGAAUUCAGAUCUUUGAAUAGCAGCAAUGGCAAUGAAUCAUUCCCUCACUUAUCCACACUGAAAUUGCGGUCAUGCAACAUAACCAAGUUCCCCGAUUUCAUUAAAACCCAAGAGAGAUUAAAGGAUUUGGACCUUUCUGAUAACCUACUUGAAGGGGAAAUACCCAACUGGUUAUGGAAGUUGAGUCUCGAUCAACUCAAUCUUUCUAAAAACCAGCUCCAAGAACUAGGGCAACUGGCCAAUCCCUCCUCCAGUUCCUUGGCCCUUGACCUACAUUCAAACCACUUUUCAGGUCCCCCCUUUCUCCCCUCAGCUGCCAGUUUUUUGGAUUACUCCAACAACCUUUUCAGGUCGAGCAUCCCCGAAAGCAUUGGCAUUUACCUGAAUUUCUCCAUCUUUCUCUCACUUUCUAAUAACAAUCUUUCUGGAAAAAUUCCUUCCUCUUUAUGCAACGGCAAGAAUCUGCAGGUCCUCGACCUUUCUCAUAACAACCUCAUUGGCUCGAUUCCGGAGUGCCUCUUCACAAUAGACAGCCUGAUCGUGCUGAACCUAAGGGAGAACAUGCUGCAGGGCUCAAUUCCAGAUAGGUUCAGAUCCAGCAGUGACCUUCGAACACUAAAUUUCAAUGGAAACCAGUUACAAGGUGAAGUCCCCCAUUCACUAAGCAAUUGCAGCAACCUGGAGCUACUUGACUUGGGUAACAACAAUUUUUCUGGGACCUUUCCCUCGUCACUAGGUUCCUUAACCCACCUUCGAGUCCUGGUUCUGAGAUCAAACCAGCUUCAUGGAUCCAUUUCAGAUACUGGGUCCCCUGGUUUCUCUGCACUUCAAAUCUUGGACCUAUCAGGCAACAACUUCUCCGGGCCCAUGCCUAACGAAUUCUUUCAAAACUGGAAGGCCAUGCAAGAAGAGUCACAAACCAACUCAACCCAAAUUCUACAAUAUGGGUUCCUCUAUCUAAGCAACUUGUAUUAUCUUGAUAUGGUCACAGUUACAAUGAAAGGUCAGAAUUUGGAGUUUCAGAAGAUCUUGACAAUUCUAACAGCCAUUGAUAUUUCCAACAAUGCAUUCGUAGGGGUGAUACCAAGCCAAAUAGGAGGGCUCAAGGGCCUCCGUGUACUGAAUAUGUCAAGAAACACUCUGACGGGUCCUAUACCUGAUUCUAUUGGAGACCUGAGACAGCUCGAAUCCUUGGAUCUUUCAAAGAACCAUCUCUCAGGGAGCAUACCCUUGGGGCUUAGCACGCUUAGUUUCCUUUCAGUUGUAAACCUGUCUUGGAACAAUCUCUCAGGAACGAUACCCAAGGGAUACCAGUUUCAAACCUUCAAUGCUGCUUCUUUUGCCAAUAACCCAGGGCUCUGUGGAUAUCCAUUAGAUGUGGCUUGUGAACUAGAUGUGGCUUGUGAACAAGAGCAGAAAAAUAGCACAAGUAAUGAGGAGGCGAAGGACCAUUCAUUGGAGUUUGUUUUGGGGUGUGGCCUAGGCUUUGUAAUGGGAGGUGGCCUAGUUUGUGGACCUCUACUGGUUUGGAAGAAGGGGAGAAGAUGUUGUUUUGAGUGGGUGGAUAAAAAACUAUAUCAGCUAGCUAAACAGGAUGGAAGCAUGGGAAGAAGAAGAAGAAGGAAAAAGUGAGGAAAAGGAAGAAGUGGUGGGCAUGGAUUUCUUUGCCAAAAUUAUUUUUGGAUUUAGAUGAAAACAUGUAUGACAAAACAUAAUACGCCUUUUUAUUCUGCCUUGUGUGUAGAUACUGUGUACGAGAGAGAGAGGGAAAAGUAAUAAAAAUGUUCAAAAUAAUAGUCCUUUUAAUUCUGCUGUGUGUGUAGAUGUUGUGUAUGAGAGAGAGAAGUUUAUAUCAGGUUGCAACCUAGGUGUAUUUGAAAAACGCAAUAAAAAAGGGCGUUCCGAAGUUA